ACCAAAUGUAUGCAUUUUAAAGAAUCAGGUAUUUAUAUAUCAAUGUGUUGACGAAGCACAGAUAAAGUUCUUGAAUAAAGAACAAAAUAUUUGCGAAUAUCUUUAACUAAAUGCGUCUCAUUGUUCGUGUCUUAUAGCUGAUAAAAAUCUAAACAACAAAAAAAACGAGUAGUAUUUUUGACCGCUGUAGGUAAUAUAAAAAUGAUGUCUGUCAAGAAUUCAACAUUCAACAGAGGAACCUAUACCUACUUUCAACAGACCCGUCAAAUACUUGUAAUCAUAUGUAAAUUUUAUUAUUAUCAUAUUAUUAUACAUUCAAAUUAUGGUAUAUGUACUUUGAGUCUAACAAUUAUUAUAAGAACUUAAUCAUAUAAUUGAGCAACGUAAAAAACUUGUUUAAUUAUCGACAAGUAAUUUUUCUUUAAAAACCAAGAAAUUACGAAACAAUAUAAGUCUAUUGGAUUGCUGAUUUGCAGUCAAUCCCGCAAUCUGCGUGAAAUAGUACUGUCAACAUGGAGUUAAUAAGAAUCCUUGCAUACUUUAUUUUCGGAAGUUUCCUGCUCAUAUACUUGGCAUUGAAGAGAAACAAUUCCUAUUUUAGUAAACGUGGCAUAUUGCAUGAUAAACCAGAACUGUUUUAUGGCAAUCUCAAGGAGUUUACGCGAUCCAAAACAUUAUAUCAAAUUAUUCGUGAAUAUUAUAUGAAAUAUAAAGGAACUGGGAGAUUCGUUGGAUUCUAUUUAUAUAUGCGAAAAGCGAUGGUGUUAUUAGAUCUUGAUUUAAUUCAAGAUAUAUGCGUUAAGGAUUUUGAAAAUUUUACUGAUCACGGAUAUUACUACAACGAAAAAGAUGAUCCAAUUUCUGCACACUUGGUACAUUUGGAUGGUGUACGGUGGAAAACAAUGCGAGCGAAAUUAACUCCAGCUUUUACAACUAGAAAAAUUAAAUUCAUGCUUACUUCAGUAGUCGACAUUGCAAAUCAGUUAGUUAGUGUUUUGGAAGAAACGUUAAGUUCAACGAAUAUGGAUGAUGGGGUUCAUUGUGAUGAUCUUAUGGUACGGUAUACAACUGAUGUUACUGGAAGUGUUGCAUUCGGUUUAAAAUGUAACAGUUUAAACGAUCCAAAUUGCGAAUUUGUAGCAAUCACCAAAAAGAUUUGCUAUUAUAGAUAUAGUAUGCCAAUGGUGGCAUUAAUGACUUUAUUUCCAAAUUUGUUUCGAAAACUAGGAUUUAAAAUUAUUAUUGAAGAAGUUUCUCAAUUUUUUUUACGAGUUGUUCGUGAAACUGUGGAAUUUCGAGAUCGAACUGGUGAACAACGAAAAGAUUUUCUUAACAUUCUCAAGGAGUUAAGAAAACCUAAUACUGUAGAUAAUUUGACAAUGGAUGAGAUAACUGCACAAGCAUUUGCAUUCUUUUUAGCAGGUUAUGAAACAAGUGCUAGUGUCCUGAGUUUUUGCUUAUAUGAAUUGGCAUUAAAUCAAGACAUACAGGAUAAGGCCAGAAGAGAAAUAAAUGAAAUCAUUGCUCAGCAUGAUGGAAAGCCAACCUAUGAAGCAGUAAAGGAAAUGAAAUAUCUACUUCAAGUUAUGUAUGAAACUAUUCGUAUGUAUUCAGUAGUUCCGGGUCUUGUCCGCAAAACCGCAGAAGACUAUAUUGUAUCUAAUACAAAUUAUGUUAUUGAAAAAGGAACUACUGUGAUUAUACCAUUGGAUGCCAUACACUAUGAUCCAGAUAUAUAUCCAAAUCCUGAACAAUUUGAUCCAGAACGAUUUACAAAGACAGAAGUCGAAAAUCGUCAUCCAAUGGCGUGGUUGGGGUUUGGCAGAGGAGGUCGAGCAUGUAUUGGUUAUAGAUUCGCGGAAGUGCAGGUGUUGAUUGGAUUAUCUUUAUUACUUAAAAAUUUUCGAUUUUCGCCCACACAGAAGACCCAGAUACCAAUGAAGUUUAAUAUGUACAAAUUGUUUCGAGGUCCUGAAAAGGGAGUUUAUUUGAAAGUGGAGAAAUUAUGAAUAAUAUUUUAAAUACGGAUAACAUUUCUUUUAAAAAGUUG